GCAAAAUUACUUUGUGCAGCCAUAGAUGUGCCUCUCAGCUGCACUGCCUCUGCCUUUCCUCUUCCAGAUGCUGACAAGCUCUGAAUCAGUGGACAGAGAGAAACGGCUCCUCUCCUAUCUGCAUGGAAACUGGACAGGGGAUGAAUAGCAGGAGAGAAGAAAGAGUAAAGUUGGUUAUUUUUCUGGCACAUGGAUGCAAUUACAUGGAGCACAUUCCAGAGGCGUUACUUUGAAUUUUGAGCAGGUCUGCUUGCCAUUCCCAAGCGGAAAGAAGUAAAAAAGGGAAGAAAAGUCUCUCUCACAGAGACGGAAUGUCUGCACUUUCUAUCCUGCUUCUAGCUACCUGUUCCACUUGGAUGACACAAGCUCAGACAGAAUUUAAGAGGGUGGCUGGAGCAAACCUUACUCUACCCUGUCACCAUCGGCUGCACCUCUUGAACCAAACAAGCCUGGACAUAGAAUGGCUGCUACAGAAUUCUGAAGCUGACCCCAAAGUGGUGAUCACUUAUGGAGGAGGCCAUAUCUACUACCCUGACUUAAAUGAAGAACAAAAGGGCCGUGUUUCAUUUGCCUCUAACUUCCGGAAUGGAGAUGCCUCCUUGGAGAUUUCUUUUCUGCAGCCAAGCGAUGCUGGGGCGUAUAUAUGCAAAGUUAAAAAUGCUGGGAACUAUGAGUGGACUCAUAUUACUCUGAAGGUUCUGGAGAAACCUUCCAAACCUAAAUGCUGGAAAGAAGGAGAGUUGUCCGAAGGAAAAGAAAUCAUUUUACAAUGCAAUUCUGUCUCAGGCACGAAGCCCAUAAUUUAUACAUGGCAACGUAUUAUUGAUGAGGAGGGGAAAGCUGGAUCCUUUCCUCCCAUGACACGAAUCAACUUUUCCAAUCCAGCACAAAUUAUAAUGAAGAAUCUCACAAGACUGGCUUCGGGGUCAUACCAGUGCACUGCCACCAACGAAGCAGGAAAGGACAGCUGUGUUGUGCAGGUGUCUGUGCAAUAUGCACGAAAUUUUGGCUUAAUUGCUGGAGCAGCCUGUGGAGCGAUUGGGGUCCUCUUCCUAAUUUUCCUGACGGUGUGGCUGACUAUCAGGAGGAACCAGAAGAAGAAAUAUGAAGAAGAAGAGUCCCCAAAUGAAAUCAGAGAAGAUGCAGAGGCUCCAAAAGCCCGAUUAGUCAAGCCUGGCUCCUCUUCUUCUGGUUCCAGAAGCUCACAUUCGGGUUCCUCCUCCACAAGAUCAACGGCAAACAGUGCCUCCCGCAGCCAACAGACAUUGUCAACAGAGGCUACCCCUCAUAUAACUCCAACGCAACACAGCCAGGUGGAUACAGAUGGCAGGGAAAUUGAGCCAAAGAAAAUUAAUCACACCAACUUGGUGAAAAUAGAAGCCACAUCAGCCAUGGUGCCUGCACAGAGUAGGGCUUUCCAGACAGUUUGAUUGCUCCUUAUCUGUUCAUAUGGCCAGAACACACACAAAACACCAGCCAUAUACCACUAGUUUAGUUUAUCUAAAAGCAACUUUUCCCUUACAUUCACUCACUAAACACACAACAAAACCCGUCACUCAGUAUUUUUCUCAGUAUAUUCCUGUUCUGACUACAACUACAGAAUUGAAAAGAGAAUUCACAUUGAAUAAUUUUGCUUCCUUUUUGGCUAUCGAUUCUUAAAAGGAAUGUUUAUUUUUUAAAAGCUGGAAUAAAACAUUCUGGUGUUUGGAACCUUUUUUUUUUAAAGAAACAAAACUCGCAAUAUUCUAACUGAAUUCUGAAGGGGACAGAAUAAUGAAGGGGACAGAAUUUGUGCUGUUCUACAUGGAAUACGCUCAUGAGUCACUAUCUUCUCAGCCGUGGCACCAGCUUCACUGGUUAAAUUAUUUUGAUCAGCUUCAAAAGAACCUGACAGUAAUGUAGCCUUUUGCUGAAUUACAUACAGGAGGAUGUCACAGCAUCAAGACAGAGAUUACUAAACUGAAAGAAUACUAAGAAGCAGCAAAAAAGUUUUGCACUCAAGUUUUUCUGUUCAUGGGGAAGACCUCCUUUGAACAUGUCAGUAUGUUAGUAUGUCAGAAUAUUAGAAGAUAUGUAUGACUAAAUAAAAAACACAAACAUGUCCUUUGCCUCUACACUUGGUAUUAGAUUAACGAGCCAGACCUACCAUUUUAAACACUACUACUUAAGAAAGCAUUCUAUGACAAAAAUUAACUAAAUUUCACAGAUAUUAGGAGAAAGAAAGUGUUAUACUUGAAGAGUGGCAGAGAUUAUUUCAAGACACCAAAAAUUCACUUUCCAAAGGAAUUUAAGUGCAAUGACUUUUGAAAUUAAUGUUACUGAAGGCUAGUUCAGAACAGAAACUCAUCCCAAACUUUUUGUAAAAUAUUGUAUUUAAAACAUUUAAUGUUAUCUUGUAUACUAAUUACUAUUUAGUGUGGUUGCAUACAUCUUCUGUUUUUUAGUUCUUUUUGAGCAAAGUUACAAUGCCAUCCUAAGCAAAGUUUGACUGCAAGGGAACUACAAAGGUGUAUCUCUGCUUAGGAUAGUACUGUAAGUUUACUCCUCUUCUAUCUGCUAUUAUUGUUGUACUUGUGCUCACAAAGAGCAACACAAAAGGGAAGCAAAUAUUUAUUAUAGAUUCCUUCGAAUCAACAAUUUAGUAAGACUGUUUUGUUGUUGUUUUUAAAUAAAGACACUGCUGUGCAAAAGCUGCAGUUUAAAGAAA